CUUUAUCGCGCACGAUACAUCACCAAAGUAGGAAGUCUCCAAUAAUCUGUUUAACUUUCAGCGCGUCAAUCGUGCCAGGUGACGUGUUUUAAAGUGGAAACAAAAGAUGCACCGUCGUUGUUGAAUCAGCAAUCGCACUCUUUCGCGCGUGUCCCCGCGAAGAAUCCUCAGGCCGCUUCAAGGCCUUCUACGCGAGGUGAAGCACGGAUUUGCACGGAGGUAAAAGGCGUUUACAAUGGACAACAAGGGAUUCCAGGAUGAGGAGCGGGAGCAACGAGCGAAGAUAAAACGAAUGUUCAGCUGGAGCGACGGACUUCCCGGGAUAAACACAAUCAUGGGACGCAAACGGGACGUUAAAUCGUGCCCGCCUACGACCAUAGCCAGAUCUAAAUUUGUAAUACGACAUGAUAAUCGACACGAGAUGAUCAUGCUACACAAACGGCGCGACAGGUUGUCCAGACCGUUAAAGUUGCCUGCCAUCGAGCUUACACAGCGAGUAAAAACCAGUCGAUUAACAACACAUACGGCUCGAGUCGGCGAUGUGCCAUCCAACUCGGAGUUGGUCAGCGAAAUGGCAUUGCAAGAAGAGCCUGAUCAACCAAGCGACGGAGGUGCGGGUGCAGCGGGUCUCACGAACGCGACGACGAUGCAGAACAACGGGGACAGCAACGUGGACCUGACGUCAGUGACGUCAAGCGCAGUCUUGUCACAACCGGGUCUGAACAACCCCACCUGGAAUCGUCAACAAGCUGUUAGCGUCAGGCAUGCCUUCAAGAGCUAUGGCAGCACGAAGAAUCCGAAUCAUAUCUUACAGAAUCUCAAUAUGACCGUGGCCAAAGGCUCGAUGUAAGUAUUUCAUUAUUUUAUUUUAUUAUUUUAUUUAAAGACAUAUUUUUUGGU